AAAACUGACGGACCGUCGUGUGUGCGUAGCCAGGAGGUUGUCCUCUACGAGUUUUUCCGGACCACUGGUUUCAUAAAUUGCAAUCUUUUGGCUUGCUGUGUCUUUUCGCUUUUAAAUUAAGCCAAAGGUUGAAGGAUGACAUCCAGAGGGACGCCGAGCCGCUUCCUGAAGAGCGUUCUUCAGAACGGUGUGGGUCGGUAUGUCUGUCAGCUCAAGCGGGUCUCCAUCAUUUUCUCUAAGAAAGCCCAGAGCUCACUGGGAGUCAGGGACUUCAUUGAAGAGGGAGUGGUGGAUUAUGCCAAGAAGAACCCUGGAACUGUGGUCUAUGUGUCUCCCCAGGCUUGUAAAGUCCCUAAAAUAGUUGCAGAGUACUUAAAUGGUAACACGAAGGAGGAGCUGGUGGACAACAAAACGUCGCAGCAGAUUCUGGAGGCCCUCACCAAGCUGACCAACCAGUCUGGCCUGGACAUUAUCCGUAUCCGCAAGCCGUUUCACACAGACAGUCCCAGCAUCCAGGGCCAGUGGCACCCGUUCACAAACCGCCCCCCCUCUGUCGGCCUCAUCAGACCACAGAACCAACAUGCAGAAUAAAGACUUAUUACUGAAACAGCUGGAUCUUUUCAGAAAGGUUAUUUCCCAAGGUUCCUGCAGACAAACCCCCACUUCUGAUGAGUGAUCUUAUCAUGUCCAGCUUCCUGUUAUCUGGUAGCGAUGAAGCUGCAUGCUGAAGCAUCCAUGCAGGAUUCAGGGAGACUUUGAGAGCUGCCAUGCUGAGCAGCAGUUCAAUGUUUAUGCUUUUUUAGGUAUCUUAUCAUCUGAAACAUUUAUAUACUCAAUGCAUUGUGUAAAAAUAAUAAACAAAAAGCUAAAUUAAAUUACA